CUCUGCAACGACCAGGACUAACUUCUCUUUCUAAAAAUGACCGAAACAGUGGUGGGGGACGUAUGUGCAGACAUGUAGCACACUUUGUCAUGGAUCGCCUCCUUUAUGGGCCCAGUAUUCGGUCGGACCUGAUACCUCAGUGGACGGUAGUGGUCGUUUUCUUUACCUACUUGAUCAAGGACAAUGUAGAGAGCAAACAGGUGGUUUUAAUAGAAAACCUAUUGGAGAUGAUUUUGGAUGUCCAGCUGGACCAGAGCUGCUGGGUGCGGAAGGUCGGGGUAUGCCCCGGAGAAUUUGAAUAAGGAGCUCGUGGUGCGGUACUGCAAUCAGAUACUGGGCAUUUUAAUGGACUGUUUGGAUUAUAACAAUUUGGGGAACGAAAGCGAGCUGAUCCUGGAGUCCCUGCAAUCCUUCUCGAAACUCCUGAACAGUUUGCCAGGGUACAAAUUCAGUUCCUUUCAAGUUACCGGAGCAGUGAGGAUCAAGUUGCUAUUCAGUCAAGAGGAUCCACGUCUAAGGAGAUCCUCGAUCCAGUUAUUAGGAGAUCUGGCAACAUCCUUUGGCCAGGAGACCAAUUUGGAGGCAUUCAAGGAUCGAGUGAGAUCCAAGGGAACCUCAUCACUUUACUCUUGCAUCUAUGCGCUCCAGACGUGUAUAUUGUCAAGGCCUGUAAAAGUACAAUGCAGAAGGUUGGCCCUUAUCUGGAUUUUCCGGAGGUAUACCGCAUGAUCCAGGAGUGUUUGGGCGAUGACACCGACUUGAUGUUCACGGAUUUUAUUGGGGAGUUAAUUAAACGCAUGGGAUUUAUGGAAUCAAAGAUAUCAAGGUUAUUUGGGGGUCAAAUCGAGGACGAGUUGGUUUAAAGGUGGCGUCUAAGGGCCAAUCCCGCCCUUGUCAUCGGUUUGUUCUACGCCGAACUACUACCCGAGAAUAAACCGAAAGUUUCACUGGAAACUGUCUGUGAUAAACUGAACAGUCUGAUGCAAGACGAGUCAGAAGAAGUUAGGAUUAAGGCAAGUCAAGCUAUAUCGUGUUUGUUUUUAUAAUUAUUGUAGAACGGAAUGUGCUAGGGGGAUAGUACGAUUAAGUCUUUUAAAUCAGUUUUUAGUAAGAAAAUUUAAAAAAAGUCAACAGGGGUCAAAACUGACUUGUGGGUGGACUUUGUAGCUUAUAAGUUUAUCUCUGUCGCACUCAUUGUAAAAAAAAACUUGAAACGUGGAAAAACUGAAAUUUCACAAAGUUUAUUAGUUUUAAAAUUUUGCAUAACUUUUUUGUUAUUAAAGAUAGAGCUUUCAUUUAAAAACUGUCAAGUACUCCAUGCAAAGGGGCACCUUGCACAUAAUUAUCAAAAUUGAAAAAAAUAUAGUUUUUGAGAAAAAUCGAAAUUUAUGUUUUUUACGAUUAACAUGUACUUUUUUAGAUCGAAAAUUUUGCAUAACUUUUUUGUUA